AUAAUAAUAUAUGAGUCUUCGGAAGUCAGGUGGAAAGCAAAUUCAGACAAGUCUAACUAGAGGGGCGCAGGCUAAAUAGGCAGGCACAGCCUGGCCAGAUGAACGAAGCUUCUCUUCAAUACAUAAACAGAUAGAAUUUCUUGCGACCUGACGAUAAUCAAAGUCAACAAUGGGGCUAUUCAGCUAUACUGUCGCCGGCGGCGGAUUCAUACUAAUCGGCGCUUGGGAAUCUCUGGUCUCUUCCUCCGGUGCCCUGAAAAAUUCAUCACCGUCGUCCACUACCCAAUCGCCGCCACAAAACUCAUCUACAGAUAAGCAUGACCAAGAUUCUGUUUUUUCUUCAUCGGUCACCUUUGUAUUAAUCUUAAUCCUUUCGUUCCUUUUCGUUCUUAAUUCCUUAUUAUCCUUUUUCGACGCACUCAACUCCAAAGACAACGUUGGUUCCGUGCUUCAAUUGCAGGUUAUUGCAAUUUCGCUUGUUUUCUUUCUCUAUUCGGUUUUAGGGCUCAUGACCUGCUUGAAAAAAUCUUUUGAUUUACCUUCACCGAUCCUCAAUUUGCUUUGCCUCUUCGCUUUUGCUGAGGAAUUUUUGUUGUUUUACCUUCAAAGGAAAGACCCAAGUGGAGUUGAGAAUCGUUACUAUGAUCUCUUGCUUGUGCCUAUUACUAUUUGUGCAUUUUGUUCAUUUCUUGAAUUGAAAAAUCCCAAAUCGAAUUACACUAGAUUGGGACGUGGGAUUGGGUUAAUUUUGCAAGGGAUGUGGAUUCUUCAAAUGGGGUUUGCGUUUUUCUCCGAUUUGAUUGCACAUGGAUGCUAUUUGCAUGAAAAGAGUAGAGGUAAUUACACGGUUAAGUGUAAAGGUCAUCCUGAGUACCAUCGAGGUGGAGCUAUUGCUACCCUUCAGUUCAAUUGCCACCUUGCUCUUCUUGUGGCUGUGGUUUCUUUUGUAUACUCAAUUGUGUGUAAAAAACAUGGCAUUGGCCGUGAACAUAUGCGGUAUAGACCUAUUGGAGCUGAGAUGCAACACUUGGAAAUGGAUAGUCAAGCUCAUUUUAAGUUGGAGUCUGAUGAAGAUGAUGACAAUGAGAAUGUGAUAAAAGAAGAGAUGAAUGUUGAAAUGCAAAAGGCUAUCUUACCUGUUCCUGAAUCAGAAACUAAUGGCUAUCAUAUCCAUCCUUGAGGAAAUCGAUGGUUCAUUUUUUUGUUACUAGGUAUAAAGAUAUAUUCUUUGCAGAGGGGUUAUGGUUUAGAGGUUGGGGUUCCCUUUGUAUAAAGGAUGUGAGAUAGAAAAAAGAAAGUUUCAGUCUUUUUGUAUUUGAUGAUUCUAGUUCAAAUUGCAGUGUUGUGUUAGAAAUUUUCUUUGAAGUGAUUUAUAUAUAUUUUCCUUUGGUCUGUGGAAGACUUGCUCUUUGAUACUAAUGAUAAACUAACUUUUCUUAUCAAAAGGAGCUUUACUAUAUUUUCUA